UCUUAUGAGAAGACUGGAGUUAAAAAGGCACCAAUAUUUGGGAGUAAUGCGGCACGUUUCAAAGCGUUUUCUCUGCCAUAUUUGAAAGCGGAGUCGUGCGGCGAACGCCUGCGUGUCCCUUUUAAAACAAACCCAGCGCCUGUCAAUCACCGCGCAUUCCAACCAAUCCCAAAGCUCCCUUUUUAAAAGCAGGUUUCGCCUGCUGUGCUUUUAUAUUGCACCAUGGCCUGUUUCGAAGCAUUUUUUUGACUACCACGGUUAUUGCCACAAAUCAAGAGGGCAAAGUGAGCGGCAUGGGACUCACACCAACUCGAACCAAACCGAGUCUGCAGGUGCAUACUUUUGCGAAGUUCACUGCCAAGAAUUUCACAUGCAGAUGAUAUUUUCUAGGUGUAUGCUGCACUGGUUUUUUAGACGCUCACAACCAAAAAACAUGACAAGCCUGUCGAGGUUCAGUGGCUGCCCUCUCUCUUGCGUCAACCCCGGGGAGAGCAAUACUGAACCCAGCGUGGUGCUGCCACCUUUGGCAGGAGAGCACAUGGGACACCCCACUGGCAGUUCCUUAAAACUCUGCCCCUCGCACAAUUUGCGAGACUACCCCGAGACGAGGUCCAGUGCAUAUGUUGACCAUUCGGUUCCCACUUUUGCAGACUCUGGAUACCACAGCAGCCCUAGGGGCAUUUUCAUUGGAGCCACCCUCCCUGGAGCCGGCAUGCCACCCGUCACUGAUCAUCAGCUGGCAUCAAGAGCAAACCAACAUGGCGGGAUCGGAAGGUACCGGGACCUUCCCGGCUGCAGAGACAACAGAAGCCAAGCUUUUUUCAGCAGCUACCAGGAGCAGGCCCACGGCUCCGCCGAAGCAGCAAAGCGCGAUCUGGGCAGUCAAAUGACGCUGGGUUUACCGGGCGACCUUCUUACCCGGACUCACCCUUACGGGCAAGCCGUCCACCCGAAAGGGAACAACCAGCAUCAUCAUCAUCAUCAUCAUCAUCAUCAUUAUCAGCAGCAGCAGCAGCAGCUCGUUACGCAGUUCCUGGAUCUGUACAAUCCGCUGAACAUGGCGUUUCAGCAGCGCGGAGGAGGCGACGCGUUCCUCAGGUGCCCAAAACAAACAGUCAAACACGAGCUGGUGUGCAAGUGGAGCGACGGCCAAGAGGGGGCCGGGAAGGUGCCUUGCUCCAGAGCAUUCGGGAGCAUGUAUGAACUUGUCACUCAUGUGACAGUGGAGCAUGUCGGAGGACCCGAUCCCUCCGAAUAUGUGUGUCACUGGGAGAACUGUGCGAGGGACAGGAAGCCUUUUAAGGCCAAAUACAAACUGGUGAACCACGUCAGGGUGCACACGGGGGAAAAACCGUUUCCCUGCCCCUUUCACGGCUGUGAGAAAGUGUUUGCGAGAUCAGAAAAUCUAAAGAUCCACAAGAGGACUCACACAGGUGAGAAACCGUUUAAAUGCGAUUUCGAGGGCUGCAACCGGAGGUUCGCGAACAGCAGCGACAGAAAGAAGCACUCUCACGUGCACUCCAGCGACAAACCCUACACGUGCAAAGUCAGGGGCUGCGACAAGUGCUACACCCACCCGAGCUCCCUGCGCAAGCACAUGAAGCUCCACUGCAGCAGCAAGGCCCAGGUGCACGCCAAAGACGGGGACGCGCGUCCCGUCGGCGAGAACGCGGCCGAGUCCAGAUCAACCGGGGCCCAGAUCAGCCCCACUCAGCCCCAGAGCUCCACUCACGAUGAUGCCCCCCUGUCCCCAGAGAGUCGGGACAAGUCCACCCCGAGGUCACUUUUCCAUCACACGUUUGACAGCAGUUCGGAGUACUGCGCACACAUGUCGCAGCCCCUCUUGGAGCCUUUGUUGGUGCAGAGGAGCAGUUACAGGUCCCAGUCUUCUCAGUACCCCUGCGGACAGGCGGGUCACACUUUUGCCCAGAGCGCACGGACCUUCUCCUCCGCCCCCUCCUUUCAGAAAAGUCUCGUCAACGGAUGGUACACAUGCCACAGCGGAGUGGACUCCUUCCCAACAAAGCAGUGUAAUAACAUCCCGACAAUCUGACUUCCAACCUUCUGGACCUACUCGUUUCUGUAGCCACGUGUCUGUCUGUGUGUGUGUGUGUGUGUGUGUGUGUGUGUUUGUGUGUGUGUG